AUGAGCGACACUACGGAACAGUCUUGCGCAAUCUGCUCAAAAGCUGCGGGCACCAAGCGCUGCUCACGGUGCCUCUCUGUCAGAUACUGUAGCGCAGAAUGUCAACUUGCUGAUUGGCCGACACACAAGGGCGUAUGUCACCCGACCGAGGACAGGGACGUGUCAGGGACCUCAAUGACCGUCCCGGAAGGGCUGGAGGAGGAGGUUGCGCGGAUGCGUGCAUUCGUGGACGAAGUUGAGGUCUUGACGGCGAGAUUCACGACGGGUGCACGGGCCCGUAGGCGUGGUGAUCCUGGGCCACCAGACACAUCGUCGCUUGUAGAAGCGCGCGCAAAGCUCGCUGAGUUCGCGGUCUCUCCUGGAUUUGAAUUCUCCCCCGCCGUCCGGAGCGCCUCCCAGCAGACACUGCUGAGCAUGAUACGCAUGUUCUGGAUCUGGACGGUGGCUAGACUCACACCUGAAGAACGCGACAGGAUGGCGUUCAUGCUCGAGUGCACCCCUCCUCACGGCAAACGCGUCCCGAAGUUCAACGGCAAAGCGAUCGUCAACAAGCCCGAUAAAUGCUCUGCGCGCGUGUACGAGGGUCUGUUCCGGUGCCUUCCCAUGAUUGUGUUCCAGCUCCCAGGAAAAGAGACCUCCGAUGAGGCGGCCCUUUGGAGGAGGUUUCCCGAGAUGGCCGUCAUGGCCUGGGAGGAGGAUUGA